AAAAAUAUACACACUACGUUUUUGAACAAGUAGGCAAAAACGAAUAAAUCGUGUUAAUUCUAUUGAAUUGAACUUAAAAUUUUAAUUUUACGACCUACUUUCGAUCCUGGUAUCUCAAGGUCGAACAACAGUGAUGAAUUACUGAGUGUGAAAAAUGGAAUGGUCACAACUAGCCCUUUUUAAUUUUAAACAAGUCCAAAUGAUAUCAAUUGUUAUGGAUCGUUUGAUUUUAGUGUGCACCAAAAAGAAGGAGAUUGAGUUGAAUAUACAAAAAUGCAAGCUGAAAGUAUUUGUACUAAUGAUAUUGAGGGUCUGGACUCGGACACCCUUAUCCCUGUUGAAAUCCUUUCCUGCGAUGUAUCUCAUCGAGCAAGAUCUCAAGAUGCCUUAUCAAUAGUCGAAUUAGGAAAGCAAUUACUUUUUAGUGCAAAAUAUGGAGAUACUGAUACUGUUCGUGACUUGAUGUGCAGAGGUGCACCAUUUACUACAGAUUGGUUGGGUACAAGUGCAUUGCAUUUCGCAGCACAAAAUAAUCAUACAGAAACUGCUGAAGUUUUACUUAGAGCUGGAAUUUCAAGAGAUGCAAGAACAAAAGUGGAUAGAACGCCUUUACAUAUGGCUGCAUAUGAAGGCCACCACCAGAUGACACAAUUACUUCUUAAUUAUGGUGCAGACGUUGAUAGUAGAGAUAUGUUAAAAAUGACUCCUUUACAUUGGGCCGUUGAAAGGGAACAUAUAGAAGUAAUGCAUGUUUUAUUAGAACAUGGAGCAGAUGCAAAUGCAACUAGUAAAUUUGACAAAACACCAAUUAGUCUUGCAUUAGAACAUGACAGGUUAGACUUGGUAGAUAUAUUACAACAAGAAAGAGAAAUUGUAGGCAUUCGAGCACAUCAACAAAAUCAAGCAAAUUCAGCAGAACUUGAAGUAGCAACCCAUAAUUUAAUACAAUUGGAAUCUGAAAGAGAUGAAGAACAACAAAAAUUUGAACUUCCACAGCAAGAAUCGCAAUCAAGAAGAAAAAUUACACAAGUGCAAGUGGGAAAAAAACCACGAAUGAUCUUCCAACAAAUUCAUGUAGGAUCAAAUGUUGAUGUUAAUCGGGAAAAAGAAAUGGAAGGUGUGGAUGAAAUUACUGAUACAAAUAAUAUUAAUAACAGUAAAAAACGUAAAGAUGUUACAGCUAUUGGAGGAGUAAACAAACAAUUUAGGUUACUUGAAGCACAUGGAAUCACCAUGAUACCUGUGGAUAAUGAUUCAUCUAUUGUUGAAAAUGCCAUGGAAAGUGGAAGAACAGUUGUUUUAACUGAGGCAGGUAAACUUGCCUUAAACUUAACAAGAAAUUCUUCAUUAGGAAUGAAACGACUUCAUGUAACUGGAAAAAAAGGAACUUCUAGGAAAGUGAUAGCAAUUAGAGCAGAUCAAAUUUUAAGUCAUAAUACACCUACCCUCGCAUCUAGAGGACCUAAUAUAUUAAAAAGAUCUUCUAUGGAUAAUAAGGCUGGAAAAUUGUUUAUUUCUUCUAUUUCCAGCACUACACCUGUAUCAACACUUACACAAUCUAAAAACGUAUUAUCUACAUCAGAGAGUAAGAUUAUUAAUUCUCCCGCAAAAAUGACAGAACCAAUAAUUUUACAAUUAGACGAUGAUGUAGAGGAAAUUAGCGAAGAUGAUACAGUACAUAAUAAUGAACCAGUUAUGGACAUUGCGUUACUGAAUAGACAAUUAGCCGAAGCACGAAGACAAGCAGCAGAGUAUCGUAAGCGACUUCAAAAAAAAGAAGAAGAAGCGGAAAUAUAUAAACAACAACUCAAAAAUAUUACGGCACAAAGAGCAUCUAAGUGAUUUUACAUAACUAUAUAUUUUGCAUUAAGCUUAAUUUUCUGAA